AUUGAAAAAUCUGCCCUGUACCCUCUAGCCUAAGGACUGAGCCUAUUAGCCACUGUGAGAAAUACUUGCAGCCUUCUCCCACUUCCCAAGAGGCACUGAUACACUUCUAGUCGUUUCCGUUAGAUAUGCAUAUCUUGUUUUGUUCCCAUAAUAGGGAUAUUUGUAUUUAUUUAGCUCUGUAAAAUACAAAACCUCAAUUUAUUAAACUUCCUUUGCAUUUUUUCUUCCUUCCUUUCCCUUUCACUCCUCUUCUUUCACUCCUACCACAAUAUAGCUUGGUAUCUUUUCCACCAGCUCUUUUGAUGUCUGCUCUGUUUCCUCUCUUGCCCCCACUUUAUACCAUUCCUUUCUCAUUUUCUGCCGUUGUUUGAUAUACUCCCACCUUCCUCCAUGUUGGUUUUUCAAUCUUUCCCUCUUCCCCAUGCUGUUGUUCUCCCCAUCAUGCUCUCAGCUUACCACCAUAUGCAUGUAACUUAUUCACCAGCUCCUUAUUCUGCUCCACCUCUCCCCACAGCAAAAGGUUCCUGCUUCCCCUUCAGCAAAACAACUAUCAGAGCCCUGCUCCUCAGCAGCUCUUCCAGGGUCCCAUCUCCUUCAUAGCUCUCCAGCCUGGACAUCUUCUGGUUCCUGCACUUGUAGGGUUCCUGCUCCUGAGCAGCCCUACAUAUUCCUUCCUAGCUCUUCCAUCAGCCUGGGAGAGAGGGAGGCAGGCAGUCAUUUACGCUGCUCUGUAUCAAUGCAGCCUAGUCAUGUUCCCCAUCUAGAACUUGCACCCUGGACCAAGUGAGCUUUUUAUCCUGUGCAUUAGAACGGUGCUACAGUAGGAACUUUUGUGGUUCCUUCAAGAAGGGCUGCAUUGAGAUGGGGUGUGUAAUGAGCCCUAAGAUUUCAUUUCCCUUCAUCUUCAGAAUGGAAACUACAUAUUAUCCCGUGUUUAAUCAGAGCACACCUGUGAUUAGCUCACACUUGUGACAUCUCCAGAUGCUAUGCAAAUCCUCAGUGUAUCGGGUGAGAUGUGCCCGUUACUUAGCUUUCCCUUCCUGCUGAAGGGAACAUUCUGAGUGAGAAAUGGAAGGAAUUUAGGGAGGAGAACCAAGUCAAUAUCAGCAUCAGCACUUCUCCCAUUGCAAGAAGUUCCCUACCAUCGUAAACAACCAUAACAGGACAGAAUCUUAAUUGCACAUCCCAUCCACAAAUAGCAGCUCCAGAGCAUUACACCUCAUAUCAACAUGAUACAGGUUGGUUCACAGGCCUAGAAAACAUGAUCUAUGAGGGAAGAUUGAAAAAAUUGGUUUUAUUUAGACUGGAGAAGAGAAGACUGAGAGGGACAUAACAGUUUUUAAGUACAUAAAAGGUUGUUACAAGGAGGAGGGAGGUAAACUGUUCUUGUUAACCUCUGAAGCUAGGACAAGAAGUAAUGGACUUAAAUAGCAGCAAGAGUGGUUUCGGCUGGACAUUAGGGAAAAACUUCCUAAUUGUCAUGGUGGUUAAGCAUUGGAGUAAAUUGCCUCGGGAGGUUGUGCAAUCUCUGUCACUGGAGAUUUUAAAGAGCAGGUUAGACAGACACCUGUCAGGGAUGGUCUAGAUAAUAUUUAGUCCUGCCAUGAGUGCAGGGGACUGGACUAGAUGUCCUCUUGAGGUCCCUUCCAGUCCUACGAUUGUGUGAUUCCUAACUCAUCUAGAGAAGCACUCAUUGACUCCUACAGUGGUUCCUUAGACUUAGAGGACUUUCUGUUUAAGCACUGACCUGGCCUGACCCUGCUUGGCAGUCGAAUAGUUUGUCUGGCUGAAAGUAAGAGACAUGCACACCAGCUCAUUAAGAAAAAAUCCACAGUGAUUAUAAUAUGACUGCUAUGGAUGAUAUAAAAAUAGUGACAUCAAGAAGAGAGCUCUGUGUCCCCUGUAGAGAUGGGAGGGGAAUUCACUACUUUUAAUGCCAGGAGGGAGUUUUGUAGAACAAGUGGAAAGAGGGAACAGAGUCUGUUUGAUGUUGAAGGCAGGGACAACUGGAAUCAGGAGUCCUAGGUUCUAUUCCUGACUCUACCACUAAUUCACCGUGUAGCUUUAAGUUCGGUGCCUCCGUGCCCCAUGCGGAAAACAGUGGGCUCCAUUUUACUGUACCGGUGCUGCGUCUGUAAAAGGGUAAUGAAACACUUUUGCCCUCCCCCCCAACCCCUCACAUACAUACAGCAUGAAAAGCCCUAAGGACAGUAAAUGCAAAGCAUUACUGAGCAGAUAUUGAUGUCUGAUGGUUUUAAUUGAAAAUUAAAGCUAAUGUUUGCAGACGGAUGAGACACUGUGCUUCUCAGAUGUAACCUCUCAGGUUAGGGAUUACCUCCCAAAGAUCACACGUCCAUUUUGCAUAUUAAAAAUCAAUGUUACCUAAAAGUGAGAGAUCACAGUCUCCUCUUUCCAAGGCUGCAAAUGUUGCCAAAGCAUUCUCUUCAGUACUUAGCAGGGGGCCCUCCGGUACUUAACAGUGCUGCUCUGUCAGAGUGUGUGGGAUAAAACCAAAGGGCUCUGAGAUGGAGCCAUCUUCUUCAAAUGCAAAAUAAUUCUGGAAGUGAAGGUGUGAUAUAAGGGAGCUGGGUUGAAACCUCAAGGCACCCUUGGAAAAAGGAAAAGCUUCACACCAAUCAGUGACCAUCUGAAGUAUAUUUCUUAUCCGAAUACAUACAAAGUACUCCCCAUUCACCUACCCCUGCACUCCUAACAAGCUUGGAAAAACAGGACCCUCACAGGUCGCUUUAUGGACACAUAUGCACUUAAGGCAAGUUGUAACCUCCCAGCUAAAAUUAAGAUCUCCCUGUUCAUGUAGAGCUUGUUUUCAGAUGGCUGUGCUGAAUACUCCCCCAGGCGCCGUUUGUCACUCAGAAUGUGCAGUCAUGAUUCUGUCAGUGUUUUGUUUUGAGUAAUGUGGGAAAGAGAAGAAAGAAAGUUAAGAACUAAUUGUAACAUGGGUGAAGUUCUCCCUCUGUAAAGCCCCCUUGUGACCCCGCUCUUAGCAGCAGGUCAGUUGUAUUAGUGGUACUGUCAUAGGAUUCUGAAUUCUUGUGCCUUGUCCUAAAUCCCUGCAUGUGAUUAGAAAGAAAGUGUCUAGGGAAAUAUACAGAAGUGACUUUUUUCCUUUUGAGAAAAGUAGAACUUGUGGCACCUUAGAGAUCAACAAAUUUAUUUGAGCAUAAGCUUUCUUGAGCUCAUGCUCAAAUAAAUUUGUUCAUCUCUAAGGUGCCACAAGUACUCCUUUUCUUUUUGCGGAUACAGACUGACACAGCUGCUACUCUGAAACCAUUUUUCCUUUUGGUUAUAUCUGAAUUUCCUCACCUUAUCCUAAUGUUGCUUUCUUCCUAGUCACCCAUGUUUGAUGGUAAAGUCCCCCAUUGGCAUCAUUAUACUUGUUUCUGGAAGCGGGCCCGACUCGUGUCCCAUGCAGAUGUUGAUGGCUUCCCUGAGCUCCGAUGGGAAGAUCAGGAGAAAAUCAAAAAAGCAAUUGAAACUGGGGGAGCCACAGCAGGUAAAGGCACUGACCAGGACGGAGGUGGCAAGGCUGAGAAGAGUUUAAAUGACUUCGCUGCAGAAUAUGCCAAGUCUAACAGAAGUACCUGCAAAGGUUGUGAACAGAAAAUAGAAAAGGGGCAGAUCAGAAUUUCCAAGAAGAUGGUGCAUCCCGAAAAGCCCCAGCUGGGAAUGAUAGAUAAUUGGUACCAUCCAAACUGCUUUGUGAGCCACCGAGCAGAACUGGGCUUUCUCCCUGCAUUUGGAGCCAGUCAGCUCCAGGGCUUUGGGAUGUUGAAAGCAGAAGAUAAAGAGGAUCUGAAAAAGCAGCUGCCUGCCAUGAAGAGUGAAGGAAAGAGAAAAGGAGAUGAGGUGGAUGGAAAUGUGAUCUCAAAAAAGAAACAGAAAAAAGAAAAAGACAGAGAAUCCAAGCAGGAGAAGCUAUUAAAGGAGCAGACAGAGUUGAUUUGGAGCAUCAAAGACGAGCUGAGAAAAGUCUGUUCCACUAAUGACCUGAAAGAGCUGCUGAUAGCCAACAAACAGGAAGUGCCUUCUGGGGAAUCUGCUCUCUUGGACCGAGUAGCAGAUGGGAUGGCAUUCGGAGCUCUGCUUCCCUGUGAGGAAUGCAAGGGGCAGUUUGUAUUCAAGAGUGAUGCAUACUACUGCUCAGGGGACAUCACUGCCUGGACUAAAUGUGUUGCCAAAACACAGACCCCCAACAGGAAGGAAUGGAUAAUCCCAAAGGAGUUCCGGGAAAUCUCCUACCUGAAGAAAUUUAAGUGUAAAAAGCAAGACAGAGCAUUCCCUCCAGAGACUGUGGCUGUGAACGCGGUGCUUCCAGCAACAGCUUCUGCUCCUUUGACAGAGAAGGCAUCUGUGCCAGCAGAUAAGCCAUUAUCCAGCAUGAAGAUUUUGACCCUUGGAAAAUUAUCCAGGAACAAGGAAGAAGUGAAGGCUAUGAUUGAGGACCUGGGUGGAAAGGUGACAGGGACAGCAAACAAGGCUACCCUGUGCAUCAGCACACAAAAGGAAGUUGAGAAAAUGACCAAAAAGAUGGAAGAAGUGAAGGAGGCCAAAGUCCGAGUGGUCUCAGAGCAGUUUCUUCAGGAUGUGAAAUCCUCCUGCAAGGGCUUCCAGGAGCUCCUGUCGCUGCAUGCGCUCUCGCCUUGGGGUGCAGAGGUGAAGCAGGAGCACACGGAGACGUCCCUGGGAGGAAAGUCCAGUGGGCUCCCAAACGUGAAGAGUGCUGGGAAGGUCAAGGAAGAGCAAGGAACCAGCAAGUCUGAAAAGAAAAUGAAGUUAACAGUUAAAGGAGGAGCAGCAGUGGAUCCUGAUUCAGGUUUGGAGGAUUCAGCUCAUGUCUUUGAAAAGAGUGGUAAAAUAUUCAGUGCCACGCUCGGCUUGGUAGAUAUUGUCAGAGGAACCAAUUCCUAUUACAAACUGCAACUACUGGAGGAUGACAGAGAGAUCAGAUACUGGGUUUUCAGAUCUUGGGGUCGUGUUGGCACUGUGAUUGGGAGUAACAAACUGGAGCAGAUGCCGUCUAAAGAUGAUGCCAUUGAGCACUUCUUGAAUUUGUAUGAAGAGAAAACGGGCAACUCCUGGCAUUCCAAGAACUUCACUAAAUAUCCCAAAAAAUUCUACCCUCUGGAAAUAGACUAUGGACAGGAUGAAGAAGCUGUGAGGAAACUGACUGUUAGUGCUGGGACCAAGUCAAAGCUUCCUAAGCCAGUCCAGGACCUUAUUAAGAUGAUCUUUGAUGUGGAGAGCAUGAAGAAAGCCAUGGUGGAAUUUGAGAUUGACCUCCAGAAGAUGCCACUGGGAAAGCUGAGCAAGAGGCAAAUCCAGAGUGCAUACUCCAUCCUUAAUGAGGUUCAGCAGGCAGUGUCUGAUGGUGGCAAUGAUUCUCAGAUACUGGAUCUCUCCAAUCGCUUCUAUACCCUGAUACCUCAUGACUUUGGGAUGAAGAAACCACCUCUCUUAAAUAACCUAGAACAUAUCCAGGCCAAAGUGCAGAUGUUAGACAACCUGCUUGAUAUUGAGGUCGCUUACAGCCUUCUCAGAGGUGGAAAUGAAGAUGGGGAUAAAGACCCAAUUGACAUCAACUACGAAAAGCUCAAAACUAACAUUAAGGUUAUUGAUAAAGAUUCAGAAGAAGCCAAGAUCAUAAAGCAGUAUGUGAAGAAUACACAUGCCUCUACCCAUAAUGCAUAUGACCUGAAAGUUGUGGAUAUCUUCAAGAUUGAACGUGAAGGAGAAAAUCAGCGUUACAAACCGUUCAGACAGCUUCAUAAUCGCCAGCUGCUCUGGCAUGGCUCCCGCGCUACCAACUUUGCUGGCAUCUUCUCGCAGGGUCUCCGAAUAGCUCCACCUGAAGCUCCUGUGACUGGUUACAUGUUCGGUAAAGGUAUCUAUUUUGCGGACAUGGUAUCCAAGAGUGCCAACUACUGUCACACAUCUCAGACUGACCCAAUAGGCUUAAUUUUACUGGGAGAGGUUGCCCUUGGAAACAUGCAUGAGCUAAAGAAUGCUUCCCACAUAACUAAGUUGCCCAAGGGAAAACACAGUGUCAAAGGUUUGGGCAAAACUGCACCUGAUCCUUCAGCCACUAUCACUCUAGAUGGUGUAGAUAUUCCUUUAGGGAAUGGGAUUCCAUCUGGAAUUAGCGAUACCUGUCUUCUAUAUAAUGAAUAUAUUGUCUAUGAUGUUGCUCAGGUAAAUCUGAAGUAUCUGCUGAAACUGAAAUUCAACUAUAAAACAUCACUCUGGUGAACCCUAUUUAGAAGCCCUGUUAAUGAGUUAUUAUGUAGUUACAUUCUAGUGCUGACUUCUGACCUGCUUCAGCAUUGACUUCCCUUAUCAAGGUAUCAAAGAGCUAAGUUGCAGAAGAGGUUACUAAAUCCAAAUUUAGUAAAUCACUUUAGUAAGAGGUUUUUAUAUAAAUAUGUGGCAGCACAUGGAACUGAAUUCUGAUGAGAAUGAAUACCUGGUUUUGUUUUAAGCCACUUCUAAUUUUUUGGGCUAUCAAGUGUGUCUUUGAAUUGAGGGUAGACCAAAAAAAAGGAAAGGAAGGGGAUUUUAACCAAAUGAAGUUGGGGAGGAAAAGGAAUUUAUGAAAGUUUACAAAUAGUUGCGCUAUUUAAAAAAAAAGUUGCCCUCUUGUUUAAAAUAUCCUCUUCCUGUUUUGAUUUUGAAUAAAUGUUAAACGUCCAUUUAUUUUGAGGUAAAAAUAAAAGCUAAUUUCAUAUUAACAACUUUUAUUUUUAUGUUGCAAAAUGAUUGAAUUGCUUUAAUUGUUUCAAUGUAUUCUUUUGUAAUGCUUUUAAACACGCCAUGUCUCUCUAAAUAUAAACAUCGAACAUUAAAACCUGUGGACGCAUCUCUCAAUCCACGUUGGAAUGAAAA